GCUCCAAACUACGGAUUUUAACCGGCUUUUUAAUGGAUCGAAGACGCUUGUCCAGUUUAGUUUGGUUGGGGCGACAAUAAUUUAUUUUAUCUUUCGCUCUUAUCCAAAGUACACGCUAGUUAAAAGGUUUUUGGGGUCGCUUUUCGUAGCUUUAUCGCGGCUGUUGUUUAAAAUGGCUCCAGUGCAGAUCGGUCCAGACGGCCAACUGGUCCCAGCCGGGGGUCCAACUUCUGCUCCCCUGCCUCCUCCUCCGGGUGCCCCUGCCACUCAAGGGGUUCGUCUCAGCAUUCUUAUCGAGUUCCUUCUGCAGAGGACUUACCAUGAAAUUACUCUGCUGGCUGAGCUUCUCCCAAGGAAGACUGAUAUGGAAAGAAAAAUUGAAAUAGUGCAGUUCGCCAGUCGGACACGUCAGCUCUUUGUUCGUUUGCUUGCUCUCGUCAAGUGGGCAAGCAAUGCCGGGAAAGUGGAGAAGUGUGCGAUGAUCUCCACGUUCCUGGACCAGCAGGCGUUUUUGUUUGUGGACACGGCUGAUCGGUUGGCAUCGCUGGCAAGGGAUGCCCUGGUUCAUGCUCGUCUUCCCAGCUUUGCCAUCCCAUUUGCCAUCGAUGUGCUGACUACAGGGUCUUACCCACGUCUUCCAACCUGUAUCCGGGACAAAAUAAUACCUCCAGAUCCCAUCACUAAGGCAGAGAAACAGGCCACCUUGAACCAGCUGAACCAAAUCUUGCGGCAUCGAUUGGUCACCACUGACCUGCCUCCUCAGUUAGCCAACCUCACAGUUGCAAAUGGGCGUGUGAAAUUCCGGGUGGAGGGAGAGUUUGAGGCCACUCUGACAGUGAUGGGAGAUGAUCCUGACAUUCCUUGGAGACUGCUAAAGCUGGAAAUCCUGGUAGAGGACAAGGAGACAGGAGAUGGCCGAGCGCUGGUGCACAGUCUGCAGGUGAACUACAUCCACGAGCUGGUGCAGUCCCGCCUUUUCGCAGACGACAAGCCCCUGCAGGACAUGUACAACUGCCUGCACUCCUUCUGCCUGUCGCUGCAACUGGAGGUUCUGCACUCUCAGACUCUGAUGCUGAUCCGAGAGCGCUGGGGAGACCUGGUACAGGUGGAACGCUAUGCUCCCGCCAGGUGUCUCACACUGGCCGUCUGGAAUCAACAGAUUCUGGGCCGGAAGACAGGCACGGCGUCGGUACACAAGGUUCACAUCAAGAUCGAUGAGAAGGAUGGUUCUAAACCAUUACAGAUUUCCCACGAGCCUCCUUUACCAGCCUGUGACUCCAAACUAAUGGAGAGAGCCAUGAAGAUUGACCAUCUGUCAGUGGAAAAGCUUUUGAUCGACAGUGUCCAUGCCCGCUCACAUCAGAAGCUCCAGGAACUCAAAGCUAUUCUGAGGGGCAGCAACCCUGGUGAUAACUCCUUCAUAGAAACUGCUCUUCCCACUCUGGUCAUUCCGAUCUUGGAGCCGUGCGGCCGAUCUGAAUGUCUCCACAUAUUUGUCGAUUUGCACUCAGGAAUGUUUCAGCCAAUGCUCUAUGGAAUUGAUCAGUCAAUGCUGGAUGACAUUGAGAAGACCAUCAAUGAUGACAUGAAACGCCUCAUCUCAUGGUUACAACAACUAAAGUUUUGGUUAGGGGAGCAGAGAUGUAGACAGUCAGUGAAACAUCUCCCCACACUGUGCACAGAUACGCUCCACCUGUCAAACUCUGCCUCCCACCCCGUGGGCAACAUAUCAAAACACCGCCUCUUCAUCAAACUCACCCGGCUGCCACAAUACUACAUUGUGGUGGAGAUGUUUGAUGUGCCAGGCUGCCCCACAGAGCUUCAGUAUAAGUAUUCUUUUCUCUCAGUGAGUCAGCUAGAAGGUGAGGAUGGUCUCCCGUGUGCCCAGCUGCUGCAGCAGUUCAAGCCCAACUUGGAGGAACUGGUGCAGGACCUCUCCUCUGGUCGAGGAGCCCGACCAGGAGCAAAGAGAAAGCUCUCAGGGGAGCAGAAUGCCAUUGAGCCCAAAAAACCCAAACGCUCAGGGGAGAUGUGCGCCUUCAAUAAAGAUCUUGCCCACCUGGUGGCCAUGUGCGACACAAACAUGCCCCUUAUUGGACUUCGCUGUGAGUUGUCUAAUAUGGAGAUUCCUCAUCAAGGGGUUCAGGUGGAGGGCGAUGGCUGCAGCCACGCUAUCCGAAUACUCAAAAUUCCUCCCUGUAAGGGGGUGAGUGAGGAGACCCGGAAGACUUUGGAUCGCUCCCUGUUGGACUGCACCUUCAGACUCCAAGGCCGCAACAACCGCACCUGGGUAGCAGAACUGGUGUUUGCCAACUGCCCCCUCAACAGUACAUCCAGCAAGGAGCAAACCUCGACGCGGCACGUCUACCUAACCUAUGAGAAUCCACUGUCGGAGCCAGUGGGCGGGCGAAAGGUGGUGGAGAUGUUUCUGAAUGACUGGAACAGUAUCAGUCAGCUCUACGAGUGUGUACUGGAGUUUGCCCGAUGCUUACCAGAAAUGCCCUCGUAUUUGAGCUUGUUUGCGGAAGUUCGGCUGUACAACUACCGCAAGCUGGUUUUGUGUUACGGCAGCACCAAAGGCAGCUCGGUGACCAUUCAAUGGAACUCCGCAAGUCAGCGUUUCCAUCUCUCCCUGGGUACAGUGGGGCCCAACUCAGGCUGUAGCAAUUGCCAUAACAUUAUUCUCCAUCAGCUACAGGAGAUGUUCAACAAAAUGCCCACAGUGGUGCAGCUACUCCAGGUCCUCUCAGACACACAGGCUCCCUUGAACGCCAUCAACAAACUGCCUACAGUUCCGAUGUUGGGGCUCACACAGAGAACCAACACAGCAUAUCAAUGCUUCUCUAUCUUGCCGCAGUCUCCCACACACAUCCGCCUGGCCUUCCGCAACAUGUACUGCAUUGACAUCUACUGCCGCAGCCGAGGUGUCGUGGCCAUCCGAGAUGGCGCCUACAGCCUCUUCGACAACACAAAGAUUGUGGAAGGGUUCUACCCGGCGCCCGGGCUGAAGACUUUCCUGAACAUGUUUGUGGACAGCAACCAGGACGCGCGCCGACGCUCAGUCAAUGAGGAUGACAACCCUCCGUCUCCAGUGGGCGUGGAUGUCAUGGAUACUCUUUUAUCCCACAUCCAGCCCCAGCCGCCAGUGAGGAGCCAGGUCUACCCCCCACUCACCUCUCCUCCCACGUCCUACCAUGGCAACGUGGCACCAUCACCCUCUAUGAUGCCAACGCAGUCGCCAGGGAACAUCCACGCAGCAAAUUCCCCUAGUGGCGCUCUGCGGGCGCCCUCUCCUUUCGGGCCCACCCCAUCUCCCUCUUCUCUGGGCAUUUCCAUGGGGCAGACCUCCAACUUUGCCAGCCCGCAUGGAGCUCUAGACCCCAGCUCACCAUACACCAUGGUGUCUCCCAGCCAACGCCCUGGGACCUGGCCAGGUUCCCCACAGGUCCCCGGACCCUCCCCUGGUGCACGUAUCCAUGGCAUGUCACCUGGCAACCCCUCUCUUCACUCUCCCAUUCCAGAUGCUUCCCACUCUCCUCGUGCUGGUUCCAGUUCCCAGACAAUGCCAACGAGCAUGCCUCCACCACGUAAGCUACCUCAGCGCUCCUGGGCUGCCUCCAUACCCACCAUCCUCACCCACAAUGCCUUGCACGUGCUGCUGUUGCCUUCUCCCACGCCGUGUCUAGUGCCAGGGCUGGCGGGCAGCUACCUGUGUUCUCCACUGGAGCGCUUCCUGGGCUCGGUCAUCAUGAGGAGACAUCUGCAGAGGAUAAUACAGCUUGAGCCUAAUCUGACCAUCGUCAACUCCAAUGAACCAGGGGUGAUCAUGUUUAAGACGGAGGUGUUGAAGUGCAGGGUGGCUCUCAACCCAAAGACCUAUCAGACUCUGCAGCUUAAAGUCACGCCAGAGAACACUGGACCGUGGUCCCAAGAUGAGCUGCAGGUGCUGGAGAGGUUCUUUGAGACGCGGGUUGCUGGGCCUCCCUUCAAAUAUAACACUUUAAAUGCCUUUACCAAGCUGUUGGGUGCUCCCACUAACAUUCUCAGAGACUGCGUACGCAUUAUGAGACUGGAGCUGUUCCCUGACCAGGCUGCCCAGUUGAAGUGGAAUGUUCAGUUCUGCCUGACAAUCCCACCCAGUGCCCCUCCCAUCGCCCCACCUGGAACCAUCGCCGUAGUGCUCAAGACCAAGAUGCUCUUCUUUCUCCAGCUGACUCAGAGGGUGCCGGUACCUCAGGAGCCCAUCAGUAUCAUUGUCCCUAUUGUGUACGACAUGGCGACCGGGCUGACCCAGCAGGCUGACAUCCCACGCCAGCACAGCUCCUCUGGCGCCGCUGCCCUCAUGGUCAGCACCAUCCUCAGGCGGUUCAACGAACAUCACCAAUCACGACAAGGAGAGUGCACAAUAUUUGCCUCAGUUCAUGAGCUCAUGGCUAAUCUCACACUGAACCCUGGUGGACGGCCGUAGCACUGCAACAACUUUAAGAAAAACAUGACUUGAGAUUCCUUGCAGUACUGAACUGAGGACGAAUUAAACCUUGAUCCCAAGAUGUCCAAGGACACCUUUACUUCUCAGUCACAGCCAAUGAACUUUUCUCUGUUGUACCAUAUUCUGCCAUAAAAGGGAGUGAAUUAUGAUGCACAAAAGCAUAUAUUUUUCUUUUCUUGUUAAAAUGUAAGUUGUAAAUGAAGGAAUAAGCCGCUGUCAACGUAUUUCUUCAGAGAGAAGUAGACAUGUAUAGUUUCAGGACAACA